AUGUCUACAGUUCCUGUUGUUGUUCGCCAUGCUGGCAAAAAGUAUGAGCUUGAAAUCGAUCUUUCAGAACCUGGAAUUGUAUUUAAAAACCAGCUCUAUUCUCUCACAGGUGUCUCCCCAGAACGUCAAAAGAUUCUCGUCAAAGGCGGCCAAUUGAAAGAUGAUGCUGAUUUAUCGACCCUUAAAAUCAAGCCUGGCCAUGCAUUUAUGCUACUUGGUACUCCAGGCGAUGAUGCACAACCCCCAGCCGUGGUCCCACCCCCCAAGUUUAUUGAAGAUAUGUCGGAGGCCCAGAUUGCACAGGAAACAAAGUACCCAACAGGUCUUCAAAAUCUUGGAAAUACUUGCUACCUUAAUUCGACUUUGCAAGCCUUGCGUACCAUCCCCGAGGUGCGAGGCGCACUUAACACUUAUUCGGGCCCCCCCACAGAUGUGACUGGGUCACUACGUAGACUUUACUCUGGAAUGGACUCUGGAAUUUCUGUACCGUCUUCAUUUCUAUCAGCAUUUAAGGCUAGAUUCCCACAGUUUGCUGAGGUUGACAACCGUGGGUACCCCAAACAACAGGACGCAGAAGAAGCAUGGUCUACACUGAUAAAUCUGCUGCGUGGCUCACUCAAGAGCUCAUCAGACGUGUCGACUGUUGAAGAGUACAUGUCAGGAGCUUUUGAGACAGAACUCAAGUCAGUGGAAACUCCUGAAGAUGAAGUCAAAAAGGAGGUUGUUCCAUUUUACAAGCUUGAUUGCCAUAUUUCCAUCAACACCAACUACCUUAAGGACGGAAUUCUGGAUGGGCUAUCAGAAACAGUUGAGAAACACAACCCAGAGUUGGGCCGCGAUGCAGAGUACCAAUUGACUAAGAGAAUCACUCGCUUGCCCAAAUACUUAACAGUCCAUUAUGUGCGGUUCUAUUGGCGACGCGACACACAAAAGAACUCUAAGAUUCUGCGUAAGGUUGUGUUCCCUAAAGAGUUGGAUGUAACAGAUUUGUGCACUGACGAGCUCAAGACUCAUACUGUGCCUGUACGUGAAAAGCUAAUGGAAAUUCGCAAAGAAGAGGAAGAUACGCGUCGUGCGGCAAAGAAACUUAAGCUGAAUGCUGGUGCUGCUGUAGCCUCUGCUGCUGCUGAAAUUAAGGAUGCCGUGACACCAGAGAAAAAGGCUGAGUACAAGGAGGCCUUGGACCGAGUGGUAAAGGAACAUUUAGAUCCCUCUGCAGGACCAGGUAGUAACCCAUCUGGUCUAUAUGAGCUACAGGCAGUGGUGACACACCAAGGUGCGAGUGCUGACUCGGGUCAUUAUCAGGCGUUUGUGCGCAAUGACGCAGAAGAGGGCCAAUGGUGGCGAUUUAACGAUAACAAGGUGACAAUUGUUGAUGAGUCCAAGAUUGAUGCACUUGCUGGUGGUGGCGAGAGUGAUUCUGCAUUGAUUUUGUUGUACCGCGAAGCAAGCAUUUAG